AUGUCUUCCUACGGCGAGGACUACUCCGACGAAAAGCGAUACUACAUGAAGCAUGGUGGUGUAAGUCAUGGCGAGAGCGACGUUGAAGGUGAAGAUACAAGCGAGGGAGACGGAGAGAGCAGCGGUAUGAAGGCGUCAGGAAGCGGAGGGGGCUCUACAAAUAGCGAGAGAGGUGAUUUUGACCAUGGACACCCUGCCUCUGGAGCUCAUAAAAGUACGAGCAAUCACGCCAACUCGAACGCUGGAGGCACGAUUAGCUCUGCCGCAGUCAAUGGUGGUCAAGCUGAAACCAAAACAACAUCUUCUGGAUCGCACAUUUAUCAAGCUUUGGCUGGCAACUGGGGUGAAGGUGGUGCUCAAUCAGAGACCUCAACAAGACAUGGCAAAGAGCGUGAUGGCAAGGAAGGGAACGAGUGA